GCAAUUGAAUCAAAAUUAAGGGAACAUGAUUCAGAAGCCCGUCAUUUAAUGCAAAAGUAUCCGGAUAUGGCUGCUUCGACUCGAGUAAAAGUGUCUGAACUACAAGAUAACUGGAGACAACUAACAAAUCUUUGUCUUAAUAGGAAACAGCGUUUGGCUAGUUCGUAUACACUACAUAAAUUCCUUUCAGAUUCCAAAGAAUUAGAAUGUUGGGUGAAUGAUAUGAUCGAACGAAUGACAUCUGCCGACCUCGCAAACAACAUUGCAGAAGCUCAGUCUCUCUUACAACUACAUCGAGAGCGAAAAGCUGAAAUAGAUGGUAGACAAGAAGCUUUUUCUUCUUUAAAAGACUUUGGUCAUCGUUUAAUACAGCAGAAACACAGUGCUUCUGAGACAUUAAAGAUAAACGUUCAACAUUUAGAAGAGCUACGACGCAUGUUAAUUCAAGCCUGGGAAGAACGUCGACAAAUAUUAUCACAAUGCUACGAAUUUCAGAUGUUCAAAGAACAAGCAGAACAAGCAGAUUCCUGGUUGGCUAGUAAAGAAGCUUUUCUUAAUAAUGAAGAUUUGGGAGAUUCAAUGUCAAGUGUAGAAGCUCUGAUUCGUAAACAUGAUAACUUUGAAAAAACAAUGAGUGCCCAGAGAGAAAAGAUAGAUCAACUUGAAAAAUUUGCAACCGAAUUAAUCGCAAAUAAACAUUACGACAGUAGUUCUAUACAGACCAGAUGCCAGGCAAUAUGUCAACGCCGAGAUCGCCUCAAGGAAAAUGCCAUGAUUCGACAGAAGAAACUAAAAGAAUCAAAACAAUUACAACAAUUUCUCAGGAAUAUCUAUGAAGUUGUUGGAUGGAUACACGAAAAAAUGCAGGUUGCCUUAGAUGAAUCAUAUCGUGAUUCAACAAAUUUACUGAGCAAAAUACAAAAGCAUGCAGCAUUCGAAGCAGAAUUAGCAGCCAAUAAAGGAAGAAUUGAUGCAGUUUCUAAUGAAGGAGAGAAGUUGAUAGGAACUGGUCAUUUUGCAUCUGUUGAAAUUCAAACUCAGCUUCAAGAAUUGGAGUUGUUGUGGAGACAAUUAUUGGAUCAAGCAGCUCUAAAAAAAGAACGUUUACAAGAUGCCUAUCAGGCUCUUCAAUUUAGUCGGAUGUUAGAAGAUAUAGAUGCCUGGAUGGACGAAGUCGAAACUCAAUUGCAGUCCGAAGAUCACGGGAAGAAUCUGACUUCUGUGCAGAAUUUAUUAAAGAAACAUCAACUUUUAGAAGUGGAUAUUAAUAAUCAUGCAGAAAGUAUUGAACAGGUGAAAGACUUAGCAGCUAGUUUUCACAAUAGUAAUCAUUUUAUGAAAGAGGAAAUUGAAGAAAGAGCUUCAAAUAUUGUAAAAAGGUAUCAAACACUUCAUGAACCAGGUCAGAUUCGUAGAGAAAAUUUAGAAGAUGCUUUAUUAUUGCAACAGUUUUAUAGAGAUAUCGAAGAUGAACUUUCAUGGAUUAAUGAAAAAGAGCCAUUAGCAUCGUCUACAGAUCUUGGAAAUAAUUUAAUAUCUGUUCAGAAUUUGCAGAAAAAACAUCAAGUAUUAGAAGCUGAAAUUCAUACUCACGAGCCAUUAAUUGCUACGGUAGUCAGCAAGGGUCGUCAGAUGAUAAGGAAUGGACAUUUUGCAUCUACAGAAGUAGAAGCUAAACUACAAGAAUUUCAGUCUUCUUUCCAGCAGUUGAAAGAUUUAUCUAGUGUUCGAAGGCUUAGAUUACUGGAUGCUGUAGAAUCACAAAUGUUUUAUUCUGAAGUCAGUGAAGUCGAUGCUUGGAUGAAAGAGAAAAAACCAUUUCUCACAAGUGUUGAUUGUGGAAAAGAUGAAGCUUCUGUUCAAUCUUUAUUGAAAAAAUUGGAUGUUUUAGAAAGAGAUAUUGAAAAUUUCAAUAACAAUAUUAUAAGAUUAGGAAAAUUAAGUCAAGGUUUAAUUGAACGAGGCCAUUUUGAUAGCGAAAAUAUAAAAGAAAAGCAGGCAGAAAUAGAAGCUUGUUACCAAACAAUGAAAACACUUUCAGAAGAAAGAAACAAAAGAUUACAAGAAAGUAAACAGUUUUUUAUAUUUAUAAGAGAUGCAGAUGAAGUAGCUACUUGGAUACAAGAACAGAUGUCGAUUGCCAGCUCGGAAGACUACGGAAAGGAUGUCGAGCAUGUCGAAAUAUUGAUUCAAAAAUUUGAAGCAUUUUUAACAAGUUUAGAUUCAAAUGAAGAUAGAGUUACAUCUGUAAAAACAACUGCUUUAUCUCUUAUAAAUGAAAAUCACCCAGAGAUAGAAAAAAUUAAAGCUAAAAAUGCAGAAAUAUUACAUAUGUGGGAAGAACUGAAAGAAUGCAGCCAUUCUCGACAAGAAGUAUGUAAAAGUUUUGACUUUAAUUCACAUUAAUUUUACUUUAUAUAUCCUUCAUCGUUUUUAAAAUAAUCUUCUUAUAUUUGAAAACUAU